AUGAAGCUUCACAUCCACGCAUUGCUGUUCCUGCUUUUGGGACUGUGUGCGACAACAUUUGCACAGUCCAAAUUGCCAGCCUGUGCUCAACUCUGCCUCAAGAGCGCCUUUGGAACGAACACCUGCACGCCUACCGAUCAAGCAUGUAUCUGUACAAACUCCAUUUUCCAGGGCAAUGUCACAGCAUGCGUCGCCACGACCUGCACCAUCCCUGAGUCGUUGAUGACCCGCAACAUCAGUCUCACCAACUGCGGCGCACCUGUUCGCAACCAUGGCCAAGACUACGUGGUCCUAUCCAACACUAUGAUCAUCGUUGCCGCAGCGUUCGUCGUUAUACGCUUCAUGUUCAAGGCCACAGUAUCGCGAAUGGACUUCGGCUACGACGACUGGUGUGUUCUCAUCACACUCAUCUCUGCAGUACCGAGCGCCAUCGUCACUGUAUACGGCACUGUGAAGCACGGUCUUGGUCAGGACAUUUGGGCCCUGACACCUCAGCAAAUCACCGAGAUGUUGAAGUGGUUCUACGUUAUGGCAUCACUUUACUUCACUCAAGUCACGCUCCUGAAGUUGUCACUGAUCUUUUUCUACAUCCGCGUCUUUCCAAACAAAGAAGUGCAGCGACUCCUGUGGGGUACCGUGGUGUUUGUGACGCUAUGGGGAAUUGCCUUCGUCAUCACUGCUAUCUUUCAGUGCCAGCCCAUACACUACUUUUGGACAAAGUGGGACGGGCUACACAAGGGCAUCUGUCUGGACAUCAACGCCAUCACUGCUAGUAAUGCGGCGAUCAGUAUUGCACUGGACUUUUGGAUCCUUGGUAUACCUCUUUGGCAGCUGUGGGGCCUGAAAUUGCACUGGAAGAAGAAGGUCGCUGUUGCGCUUAUGUUCUGCCUGGGAACGUUUGUAACCAUCGUCAGUAUCCUUCGACUGCAGGCUUUGGUGCACUUUGCUGCUUCGUCGAACGCAAGUUGGGAAUUCUACGAUGUAUCGGUCUGGAGUACAAUCGAGAUCUGUGUGGGAAUCAUGUGCGCCUGCCUACCUACCCUUCGAUUGCUUCUUGUCAAGCUCUUCCCCAUUCUUGGUGGCUCCUCGGCUCGAUCCAAGAACAAGUACUACAACUACGGCAGCGGCAAUGAGCUGAAGAACAUUGGAGGUCAAAGUCAGAGCAAGAGGUCUCACCACAAUGGUACUGAUAUUUCAAGUCCAAGGAGUGGGGUAUUCGAGCAGGGUGAUGGAAUCACAAUCAAGACGAGCUACACAGUGCAGCACAGCCAUGGCGACACCGACGAGGCCAGUUUGGUCAGCCACGAGGAGAAGCAUAAGCCAUAG